GGGUCAAUGCAGAAGGGUUUUCUUGCAAGACACAAUUUGUUCUUCAGCAGGAGUUAGAGGUGGAGGGGAAAAAGGAGCGAAACAUCUGGCAAUGGCUGUUUACCUUUUUGUGAUUUUUCUUUUUUCCUUUUGUACAUCUCUUCAAAUGUCUGAUAGUGGAAUAUUUUUAAUUUAUAAUGAAGAUAGCAAGCUCUGCGCCCAAGCUCAAAGCAGCAGCUCAGUCAUAACUGCCAUGUGCAAUGAGAACAAUGAGUUGCAGAGGUUCAGAUGGAUCUCGGCCACACAGCUGCUGAGCAUGGGGAUGAAGCUGUGCCUGGCAGUGCUCACCCAGGAUGAUGGGGCUGCUAUCACAUUGGAAACCUGCAACAGGACGAGCAAACUUCAGAGGUGGGAAUGUAAGGAUGAGGCACUUUCAAUCCAAGACAAGGAUUUGUUUCUCAACUAUGGCACAGGGAAGGGGAAGAAAAUCAGGUUGUCCAAAGAAUCAGGCAAAGGGAGCCAGUGGAAAAUCCAUGGAACUGCAGGCAGCAUAUGUUCCAGGCCCUAUGAGGAUAUAUAUACACUGGGAGGAAAUAAUUUUGGUGCACCUUGUGUGUUCCCUUUCAAGUUCAAUGAUAAAUGGUUUGCUGAGUGCAUCCGUAAGACUGAUGAUGCAAGCACUCUCUGGUGUGCAACUACUUCAGAUUUUGAUAAAGACCAACGUUUUGGAAAUUGUCCAUUAAAAGACACUCUCCACAAAGACUUUUGGAAAACAAAUCCUUUGACUGAAACCCAUUAUCAGAUAAACUCAAACUCGCUUUUGACAUGGCACCAAGCAAAAAGAAGCUGCCAGCAGCAGAAUGCAGAAUUAUUAAGUGUCACAAACCCUCAUGAAGAGAUGUUUUUAUUAGGGCUUACCAGUGAUCUGGGAUUCGAUGCCAAGCUCUGGACUGGUCUUGUCAGACGACUUGAUAGCAGCUGGGAAUGGACUGAGGGUAGUCCUCUCAGAUAUUUGAACUGGGCUCCAGGAAAUCCCUCUGUGGAGCUUCUAAAAAUGUGUGGAACCUUCCAAGGCAGGAAUGGCAAAUGGGAAAAUGUGGCAUGUAAUCAAAAGCUGGGAUAUAUCUGCCAAAAGAGAAAUUCUUCCAUUGUGGAUGACUCCUUUACUGUUCCCUCAGGAGACACGAAGCCUGUUAAGUGCCCCGAGGAAUGGGUAGCCUAUACAGGUCAUUGCUAUAGAAUUUACAGAACACCCAAAAUAUGGAAACAAGCCCAGUCAUCUUGUAGAAAAGAAGAUGGAGACCUGACAAGUAUUCAUAAUGUUGAGGAGUACAGUUUUAUAGUGUCUCAACUUGGGUACAAGCCAGAUGAUGAGCUAUGGAUUGGUUUAAAUGACUUCAGGUUUCAGAUGUAUUUUGAAUGGAGUGAUGGGACACCUGUGACAUACACCAAGUGGCAGCAAAGACAGCCGACCCACACACCUAAUAAGGCAGACUGCAUUGUUAUGAAUGGAGAGGAUGGGUUCUGGGCUGACAGUACCUGUGAAAGAAAACUUGGUUACAUCUGUAAAAGAAAACCCUUGGCAGAAGAAUCAGGGGAAGCUGAAGUUACUUACCCGGGAUGCCAGAAAGGCUGGAUGAAGCACGGCUUUUACUGCUACUCCAUAGGGCAACUGCCAGCAACAUUUUCAGAAGCAAAACUUAUCUGUGAAGAAAAUAAAGCUCACCUGGCUACUGUGAGAGACAGAUAUGAACAGGCUUUUUUAACUUCUAUAAUUGGAUUCAAGCCAGUGAAAUAUUUCUGGAUUGGACUCUCGGACAUGGAGGAGCAGGGCACGUUCAGGUGGGCUGGUGGGGACCCAGUCAUCUUCACUCACUGGAACAUGGGAAUGCCAGGAAGGGAGCCAGGCUGUGUGGCCAUGAGAACAGGAACUUCAGCUGGAUUAUGGGAUAUUCUCAAUUGUGAAGAAAAAAACCUGUUCCUGUGCAAGCAGCUGGUGGAGGGAGCGACCCCACCACCCCCUCUGACGACUCCUCCGCCUCCGUCCUGCCCGGACGAAUGGCAAUCCAUUCCUCAGAGCAGCUUCUGCUUCAAAAUUUUUCAGAGAGGAAGGGAGAAAAUGCAAACAUGGAUUGGUGCAAGAGAUUUUUGCAGAGCUAUUGGAGGAGAUCUGGCAUGUAUCCACAGUGAAGAAGAGCAGAAACUAAUAUCUAGUUUAAAUAAAGACUAUCGUCACGUAUCUUACUGGAUGGGUUUAAAUGCCUUGGGCUCCGAUGGAGGAUUUACGUGGUGCGAUGGUUCACCAGUAAAUUUUCAAAAAUGGGCAAAUGGAGAACCAAACAAUUAUGAUGGAAAUGAAAAAUGUGGAGUGUUUUAUGGCUAUAAUGAUAUGAAAUGGAAUGAUAUGUUUUGUGAACAUAUGCAGGACUAUGUUUGUCAAAUAAAAAAAGGAGCAACACUGAAACCAGAACCUACAUCCACAUUUGAUUAUGAAUACAUUGUUAGUGAAGAUGACUGGAUAAUAUAUAAUCACAAGGAAUAUUACUUUAGCAAGGAAGAAAUGCCUAUGGAAAAAGCAAGGGAAUACUGCAAGAAGAAUGGCGGUGAUCUUGCCAUCAUUGAGAAUGAAAGUGAAAGAACAUUUCUUUGGAAAUAUACUUUUUAUAAAGAUCGAGGAAAUAACUUUUUUAUUGGCUUAACUGUGAGCCUUGACAAGACGUUCCGGUGGAUAGAUGGAAGUACUGUAAACUAUGUUGCCUGGGCCCCAAAUGAACCCAACUUUGCAAAUAAUGAUGAAAACUGUGUGGUGAUGUAUACUCAAACAGGUACAUGGAAUGACCUCAACUGUGGCAGUGUUGAGCUUUUCAUCUGUGAAAGGCUUAACAGAACUGUUCGUCCAAGUAUUGCUCCCACGGUACCACCACCCAAGGGUGGGUGUCCAGAAGACUGGCUCUUCUUUGAUAAUAAGUGUUUCAAAGCAUUUGGCCUUAAUGAAAAUUAUACACUGACAUGGCAUGCUGCACGGAACAAUUGUAUUACUUCUGGAGGAAACCUGGCUACUAUCUCAAAAAAGGAAAAUCAAGCUUUCCUCAUGUCUCUCUUAAAAAAUACUGCAACUGAUGCCUGGAUUGGACUGAAUGACAUAAAUCAUGAGCAUACAUACUUAUGGACAGAUGGAAGUCCAGUUUACUACACAAAUUGGGCAAAAGGUUCCCGAAGUUACUAUAGUAAGGAUGACUGUGUCUAUAUGAAGAAGAACCCUAUUGAACAAGCAGGGAAAUGGAAAGAUGGCGACUGUAAAGCAAGCAAAAGCUACAUAUGCCAGAAAAAUACUGACCCUAAAUUGCAAAGCUCCCAAGCCGUAGUUCCAAUGUUUGGCUUUAACAACUAUGAUGAUGACCGCUAUGCAGUCAUCAACUAUAAAAUGAACUGGGAAGAAGCGCAGAAGAAUUGCAAAGACCAGCAUGCAGAUCUUGCCAGCAUUUUAGAUCCUUAUGUUGAAGCUUACCUGUGGUUACAAACACUAAAGCAUGGAGAGCCUGUAUGGAUUGGUCUUAACAGCAACACGACUCAUGGCCUUUACAUGUGGUCAGAUAGAAGGAGGAGCAGAUAUCAUAACUGGGCCAGUGGAGAACCAAAUAAGAAUGCAGCCUGUGCCUAUUUAGAUUUGGAUGGUUUUUGGAAGACAACAUCUUGCAAUGAAACAUUUUUAUCUCUCUGUAAACAAUCUGAUGAGUUAAUUCCUACCGAAUCGCCACAGCUUCCUGGAAAGUGUCCUGAACCAAAGCAAGGUAGAUCUUGGAUUCCCUUUCGUGGCCAUUGCUACUAUGUUCACACCACUUCUGAAGCAAGCUGGCCUGCUGCUUCCAUGAUGUGUAUUCAGAUGGGUGCUUCUCUGGUUUCCAUUGAAGAUCCAGCUGAAAUGAACUUCCUUUUACUUUACUUGUCUCCAUUUGCAAGUGAUAACAGAAAAUUUUGGAUAGGAUUGUUCAAAAAUAUUGAAGGGGAAUGGAUGUGGUCAGACAGAAGUGUGGUAGAAUUUGUCAACUGGGAGAAAGGAGAGCCUACAGUGAUGUAUGACAAACACUGUGUGCACAUGGAUGUCUCAAGUGGAGCCUGGAGGAACUAUUACUGCUCUGUUGACCGCAAUUUCAUUUGUAAAAUCCCAAAGAUCAUUGAAGUUGAACCAACCCAUGAUUCAUCUGUCAGUCAAGCAUCAAAAAGAGAAGCUGCUGUUUCGUCCUCACAUAGUCGAGCUGUGAUGAUUGUUACACUAAUCUUCCUUCUGCUAGCAGGAACUGGCCUUAUAGUCUACUUUUUCUACAAGAAGAGACGUGAGCAGACAACUGUUACAGCCAGUUUUGGCAAUGCCAUAUACUGUGGUACUCCUGAUCCUGGAACUCAUGAAUCAAAAUGUCUUGUGACCAAUAUUGAAGAAAAUGAACAGGCAAUGCUUUAGUAAGUAGGGUAAACUUGGGCCUGAUUGGAAAAGAACUGAAGUACUGGAAUACCAGAAUUCUGAAGUUAAACUGAUUUUCUCCUAUGGAAAUUACUGUUCAUUUUGCACAGGAUACUUCUUGCUUGUAUUAACAGGAACAAGCAAUCUUGCAACACUCUAAAUCUGCUCACAAACAGUAGUUCUUGGGAGGACUGUUGAACAUGCAUAAAACCCUGGGACUACACUGUGUAAAGGAACACUCAGGAUGUUCCAAUCAAUGCAUGGGUCCUGCAUCACUCUUAGAUACUGGGAUAACCGUACUCAUCACAGGAAACAGUGAGAGUAAAUGCCUUAGCAUUCUCCAAAAAGUACAUCUAGAUCUGUAGGAGUCCUGGAGAUGCCACCUCUGAUCUCCAGCACAGACUGGCAAAUUUGUAUAGAUUAGAUGUCACCUCCUAGAUCACUUGGUACACAUUCAUGCUGGAGCAGGACCAGCACCCUGCCCCAGCUAGGUAGCCUACUUCAAUGUUUUUACAUGCUCUUGGUAAAGAUUGCUGUCUUUGUAUCACAUUUGAAUGUCCCUUAUCUUCCCACUCUUGUAUAGCAAAAGUCUGUGCAUCUUUGACAAGAUUUUGGUUGCAUAUUUUCUAUAAAGACCCAUUUAGCUAAUUGAAUAUAACAGUCAGGUCUCUCAUUAGCCUAUUCUCCUCUUUGCUUUGAGGCUCCUCUUGUCAUAUAUCCAUACAUCAAGUCUCCUAUUCCUCUCAGUGUCCCUUGGCUGGACUUUAGUUCUCUAUCCAGCUCCAGCACAUACUGAUACAUGGAGACCACCUCAGACAAAGCCUGGACUUUGAAUCAUUGACUGUUACCCUUUCAGCCCCCUACUCCAAGCAGUUUUUCACCAACCUUGCAGUACGUGCGCUGUAGAAUGUGAGAGGAUUUUGAAAAUCCUAAAUGACAUUAAUUUUUCUCCCCUUCUUUGGGGAUUGUGAGCCAAUUAUUUUUUCAUAUGAAGUACUCAGUUUGGCCAGGCACAAUUCACCCUUUGUAAAUGUGUUCUGUUUGCUUCUUCUUUUUCUUGGCUUAUUUUGUUUCUGGAAAUGGCUUCCAAGAGAAUUGUUCCAUAGACCUCCUAAGGACUGAGGCCACCUCCUCCACUCACUGUAACUUGUCAGAGGUGAUAGAGUGCAGACUCCUAGUGACCACAGACAGUUCCCUCAGAAUCCUCAGGUAUAACCAUUCAGGUCUCAUGCACUUCUAGAUAUACAGCUAGCUCAAUCCUUCUGUGGCAUGCAUAGCACUUUUCUCCACUAGCAUCUGCUGCUAGCUAUUCAAGACCUGUGGAGUGUGAGGGGUGAUUGAUGGCACUGAAUACCUCAGUCAUGAGCUUUGUAGACCUCCUUCUCCUUCAGCUGUGGAACCACGUCUUCCUUUUCUGCUGAAGUACCUACUGAAACCCUUUGUGUUGCCUUUCAUUUUCCUGGCUAGUCUCAACCCCAGCUGAGCUUUCGCUUUCCUUGUCCUGUCUUGGUGUGCCCAGGACAUGUCCCUGUAUGUGUACUGAGUGGCUUGUGCCUUUUUCAACUUGUAUACACUACCCUUUGAGUUUCAUCUCAAUCAGAAAUUUCCCAUAAAGAUAGGCUUGCUUGCUUCCCUGCCUACUUUGUGCCUUGUACAUUGGGACAGGCUGUUCUUGAGCUUUAAGGAGGUUGUUCUUGAAGAUGCAAAAGCUAUUCUGGAGUCCUCGGCAUUUCAAUUACCACAUCUGGACUUGAUUUUCCUUUGAAUCACCACUGUGUAAAUUCAGGUCAGAAACCUCCAAAAUGCAGCUAUUACAUAUUCUCAUAGUGGGAUUUCUACAUAUCUGUAACACAGGAGUGAUACAAUACUUCAGGGUAUUUCCUCACAAAAAUGUUAUUUAACCUUGUUUUACUGGUCAUUUGUAAAAUGCCAGUCAUUUCUGAAUUAACACAUUUUCCUCUUCAUAUGACUAAUACAAAGAUUGAGAGGUAAGCUAAGAAGUAUAUUGUGAGUAGAAACAUUUUCUCAUUUAAAUAACAUAAUAGGAAUUUCAAUAGUUUCCAUGAAAGGAGAACAGGCAGGAUGCAAUAGACUGAAUUCAUACAUGACAAAAUUAUUUAAAAUUUCUCAUUGAAAUUACCAAUACCAGUGAAGAUUUCAUACCUUUUUAGUCCAUUUCUUCAAAGUCUGAAGCUUGUUAUUAGGAAGGCUUUCAUAAUUUCAAACCGAAUUCUCCCUCUCAAAGUCUGUUUCAAUUCUGUGAGCUUUGUUCAAGACUUCAUGACUAAGCCUGCAUUUCAUAUGAGUGUAUUGUCUGCUUUCAGAGAGUCUAAAAAUAUGCAGUAUUCCCAUAUAGUCUUUUUUUUUUUUAACUUUUCCCAUGGAUCUUAUGCUAAAUGUAAACAAUCAAAUGACUUGAAGCUCUUAGUUUCAAGAAGGUCUUUAUUUAAUUUGUUAUUUUUUUUUAUAUUUUAAUCUUUUGACAGACUUUAAUCAUGUUUAAGUUAAAGUAUUUUACUUGUACAUGAAAUAUAUGUAAAUAAGUUUUUGUUCUACUUUGAUUUACUCAAUAAUCAUUAAAAGGCUGGUUGUAAGUAAAA